AUGGCACAGUCUUGCCAUCUGGCUGUGAAUCUUCUUCUGCUUCUCUUCUUUCUGGCGUUAACGCACGCAUUAUCAACGCAAGGAGGCCUGCAGUUCUCAAGCAAUAGUGGCAAGACUCGGAGCGCCGACUACAUUGUGUCUAUCAAUAGUUACCUCCUUCCUGAGAGUCUUGCGACGCUGGCUGAGGAGGCUCAGCGUUGGUGGAAAUGGCGAUGGGAGGACAACGGGUGUGGCCGUUUGCUCGCCACCUCGCAGUUGCUCACAGAAGGAGGGUGGCAGGACUUUGUUGUGGUGCGUGUGGUGUCAGCGCACAGAAAACGCGGUACCCGCUGUGUUCAAGAAGGAUUUCGCAACUUUUCGGUUUUCCUCCCUCGUGUGGGGCGAAUUUCUGUCACUAGUGUGGUAGAAGACGUGUUCUUUGGCGGGAAUCGGGCGCUUGCGUCGGUUGCACCCCGGAAAGGGUUCACUGCAGCACGGCCGUUGUACCCGCGGCGGUACUUUGGGCUUUCCUCCACCAUGAAGUGGACAGGAAGGGGUGUUCGCAUUGCUCUCUUGGACACCGGGCUUGAUUCCCACCUCGCUUCUUCCUCGUCACCCGAACAGCAGCUGAACUCGGAGAAAACGGCCGGCGCCGCACAACCGCUUCGCAUGUGUACAAGCUUUGUGCCUGGACUUCCGUGCGAGAAUAACCAAGAUGGCCAUGGCACCUUUAGCGUCUCUGUGAUGGCUGGGAACAUUUCAUUUCUGAAGGGGGCCGAAGGUGGAGCCCCCAGGAGAAAAAGUAUUGCGUCAGACGACAACUCUACCACAGGGUGGACAAGAAUGCCUUCUCCGCGAGUGCAAUACCUCGGGAUAGCGCCCGGCGCAGAUGUUCACAUGCUACGCGUGUUUGAUGACAAUCGUGACACCCGCACCUCUUGGUGUGUGGCGGCGUUGAAUUUUGCUCUUCAGUGGAAUGCAGAUGUUAUUAGUUUGUCCUUUGGUGGAAACGACUACUAUGACGUCCUUUUCACGGCGAAGGUGACCGAAUUGGCGAAGAAGGGUCUGGUGGUGGUGGCCGCCACAGGGAAUGAGGGUCCCGAGAUGGGGUCACUGCAUAAUCCCGCUGAUCAAACCGAAGUGAUCGCGGUGGGAUCGCUUGGAACGCGUGGGCGACGUCUUACCGCAACUACGGACGGCGCGAAACCCAACGAAUUUUCUAUAGAUUCAGCGAUGCGUUGGGUUUCAACUUUUUCGGGCAGGGGGCCAAGCAAAUGGGAGAUGCCAUAUGGAGCAGGUCGAGUACGACCGGAUCUCGUGGCACUGGGCGAGCAAGUGCUUGGUGUGGGACGCGACAGGGACUCGGGCGCGCUAUCGCUCCGGGUCUCGCACGGCACGAGCGUGGCCACUCCAAUCGUGGCGGGAAUCGUUGCGCUUUGCAUCGACGCCCUUCGACGUUCAACUUUUUACAGAGAGGCAGAUGUAAAUGUCGCCAUGAUGAAGCGGAUACUGAUGGAGACGGCGGUUGCGAUUUAUCCGAAUGGCUCUGCAAUGCGUGUCAUGGCGGCAGCGCUUCGCAAGGAAGAGCAGGAGCUUUUAGCCCGGAGUCGAAGUGAAUGGUGGCGUCUUGGAGGAAGUGCAUCCAACCGUCGUGAUGGCGUCGCCAUGACGCAGACGCUUCUUCACUACAGAAGUGUCUUACAGUACAGUUACAUGAGCCAAGGAGCCGGAGAGGUGUGCCCGAUGUGUGCACUUGCAUGGGUCGAAGCGAUAGGAGGACAGCAGUCUAUGCUUUUGAGAGGGUUUGUCUUCCCGAGGGAAAUUGACGCCACAGGGGAGCAUCAACUACCGCAUGGCGAAGGGGCAACAUCCGCAUUGCCCCCUUGUUUGGCCAACUGGCCGUACUGUGAGCAACCACUUUUCCCAUCGGCGACACCAGUUGAAUACACUGUCAACCUUUACCAUCCACGGUGCCCUGCAGCACGCCUGCUCCAUGCCACACCACGGAUAAGGAUUACAGGCGCAAAGGGUAUUUGUGGCGCUCGUCGGCGUGGGCGCUGUCACGCCUCCACCAUAGAUGUGGCUACCGCUAAGCAGCUUCUCUUAUUACGGGCACAUGCAUCGCACGCCCUUGAGGCGCACAGUGGAGUUGUCUCACUCUUUGCCUUGUCGCCAUCGAAUGCGUCCAGUGUCAGAAGGGCGCCAUCACCGCGAGCAACCAAGGCAGUUUUGGGGGCGGGUGUCAGUGAGAAAUUGUUGGGGUAUUUUGAUCUUAUUGAGGUUUCGGGUUCCGUGGAGGUGGCAUACACAUGCAAUGCAUCUUCCCAUGCAACCCGGCAAGAGGAAAUACACGGCGGUGAGGUGCGGUGUAACUCAGACUGUGUCACAUUACCGUUUAAGAUUCCCGUUAUCCCACGUCCUCCACGUGCGCAGCGUAUGGCCUUUGACAUUAGCCAUCAGUGGUUCUAUCCACCUGAUUUUGUGCCCGGCGAUGACGCCUAUCCUAACACCGUACGCAAUGCACAACACCAACACAAGGGAAGUCGAACUCGCCGUGAAAGCCGUGGCGUCUUUGAAUGCGAUAGUGAUCAUCCAUACACAAAUAUGGUGCCACUACUGCUUUUUCUCCGUCGUGCAAUGGGGCUAUUCGUUGAGGUGCCACUGGUGAGUUACUUGUCUCUGGGGCUUCCGUUGGGUGGGACCGCAACGACGUCAAAUCUGCACUGGCGCAUUACCUUAGAGCGCUACUACCGCAGUAUUGGGACCUUGUUGUUGCUGGAUCCAGAACUUCCACUUGUGAAGGAGGAGCGCGGCAUCCUUGCCGAGGCUGUUUUGCGCCAUCAACUGCACGUGGUGAUAAUCAGCGAGUGGUACAGCGAAAGAGUAGCACGAGAGCUCUCCUUCCACGAUGUCACGCGAAAUCAGACGUGGUCGCCCUUAUUUUUGAAAAAAAAGGGGGACGCCGCGGCGUCAAGUAUAGGCGGUGAAGUGAGUGAGCAUAGGACACAGGGUCUGAAGGGCGCUUGUCAUGUGCCUUCGUUAAAUGCUUUUCUCUGUGACAUUAGUCAAGGGACUCUGCAGCUUGACGACAACCGAGUUGUGGAUGGCGCGCUGACGCUGGCAACCACCCCCACUUUUUCCUCUUGGUACCAAGUGGGCUGGGGGAGGCAGACGGUGUACCGCCAUUUUGGCCAAAUGAGAGCCGCGGGUGUGCUGCGUUGGCCUCCAGCAAGAAAUGCCUGCUCCGCCGUUUCGCCGCGGCGCGGACACGUGGCGGGAACAGUCAUGGUGUGUGGUAUGGAGAAGGCGUGGGCGAGGGAGUUGCGUGAGGUGACAAGGGCUGAGGAGGGGCGCGGGGCGGAUGGCAGCUCCAGCGAGGCCGCCGAUGUGCUGAGGGGGGUGCAUCCAAAGGAAUUUGCCCCGCUUUUUGGGUUUGUCGGGGUGGGUAACAGUGGGACGGGAAAAAGCUCCAGGCGGAGUCCCGCGGAAGCUGGAAAAGCGCUCGAGGGGAGGAGUAUGGGUCGCGUCGCCGUCUUCACGGACACGAGCGGUUUUAGCUCACCUUCGUCCCUGCAGGCUUCCUUGCGCAUCUUGGACAAGUUGGUGUCUGACGCCUCCUCCUCAUUCUAUGGGAAGGGUGGGACGGAGGUGGAUGUACCAGCGCAUGUACGUGACUCACUCGCCACGCUUGUGACCCAUGAAAGUGAAAAUCCGUCCUUCGCCUUCAGCAUUGUACGUGAGUUUGUGCAUUUUCUUUACACGGGAGAUCUCCCUGAGUUUACAGGAAACUCAGAGUGUCGGAGUGAUGAAGGCGUUGACAACGCGAAAAAGCAAGCUGCAGCGGAUGGGGCGAGUCCCGUGCCUGCAUCCACAACCCCAGCGGAAGGGAAAACGGGGAGUGACGCCGAAGACGGAGGCGAAUUUGAAAUACUUUUGUCAACGCUCUUUGCCGCUGCGCCACGUCGAGUGGCUCUGGCGCACCGGCUCCGUGAGGUUCUCAGUGGAUGGGAAACGGUCACGAUUGGGGCCGAUGGUGAUUGCAGCUUCAGAAGCAACGAAGCUCACGUGGAAGAGAAGAGCGCCCCCCAGACUGUGAUGGGGUCCCUUUCACUGGUUUGUGCGUCGCUUUUUAUUGCAAUGCUGAUGUGUGUUUUGCUUCGCAGGUGGAGUAGGGGACGAUUUUCUCUUAGUGGGAUUUUGGGUUGUGAUAAAGGGGACAGCACAGGAAGACGAGAGAAGAAGAAAGGGCAAUGA